GGGAGCGAACUAAUUCAUUUUCACACCGUCGCUCCUGCUCCGCGCGAGCCUCGUCACAACACUCACUGAGUCCUCCGACACCGCGAGCCUUGACGUUACCGAGCACGCGACAGGCACACACCCGGCGGGGCGUCAUCACAGGCGGGCAAAGCGAGUCGAGAGGAACCCGAGCGGGAGGCGAACGACGCGCGGAGCACCGACCCGCACAUCGAGGACCAUGGAGAGAGCAGGGAACAGCUCGGACUCGGCGUACGGGAGCCAGCUCUCCGCGCUCUACAACAGCAGCGCCAGCUUCUGCGGGAACUUCACCGACGGCGGCAACGCUACGAGCUUCGCCGAGGCGCGAUGCGACGGGGACACCGGCAGCCCGGAGGACGACACCAACCCGGUCAUCAUCGCGAUUGUCAUCACCGCUCUGUACUCCAUGGUGUGCGUGGUGGGGCUGGUUGGGAACGUGCUGGUCAUGUACAUCAUAGUCAGAUACACUAAAAUGAAGACGGCCACCAACAUCUACAUCUUCAACCUCGCUCUCGCCGAUGCCUUGGUCACCAGCACGCUGCCGUUCCAGAGCGUCAACUACCUGAUGGGGACCUGGCCGUUCGGCGACGCGCUGUGCAAGAUGGUGAUGUCCAUCGACUACUACAACAUGUUCACCUCUAUCUUCACGCUCACCACCAUGAGCAUCGACCGCUACGUCGCCGUGUGUCACCCGGUCAAAGCACUGGACUUCAGGACGCCGCACAACGCCAAGAUAGUCAACGUCUGCAACUGGAUUCUCUCCUCGGCCAUCGGACUGCCAGUCAUGUUCAUGGCCUCCACCGCUGUCACUUCUUCACCCUGCGCAGCCUCCUCCAUCGUCGACUGCAAGCUGAUCUUCCCCCACCCCUCCUGGUACUGGGACACCCUGCUGAAGAUCUGCGUGUUCAUCUUCGCCUUCAUCAUGCCCGUCCUCAUCAUCACCGUCUGCUACGGCCUCAUGAUCCUGCGGCUCAAGAGUGUGCGCAUGCUCUCAGGCUCCCAGGAGAAGGACAGGAACCUGCGCCGGAUCACCCGCAUGGUCCUGGUGGUGGUUGCCGUCUUCAUCGUGUGCUGGACGCCCAUCCACAUCUUCGUCAUCAUCACAGCCCUCAUCAACAUCCCCAGCUCCACGCUGCAGACCAUCACCUGGCACUUCUGCAUCGCCCUGGGCUACACCAACAGUAGUCUGAACCCGGUUCUCUACGGCUACCUGGAUGAGAACUUCAAGCGCUGUUUCCGCGAGUUCUGCACCCCGAGUCCUUCGGUGCUGGAGAUGCAGAACUCGUCCCGCACCGGAGCCACCAGCCGCAAGCUCCCGCAGCGCGAAAACAUCAGUGCAAACACAGGGGAAAGGUCCAAUCAACAGGUAUGACUAGCCUUGGAGGGGUCGUCGGUGGACUCUCGCUGUUGUGGCGGCGUUGCCAACGACGAUCUCAACUCGGAGGUCACGCAGGUCACCACGGGGCUCUGACACACACACACACACACACACACACACACACACACACACACACACAGAAACCACGCGUGCGCAUUAACAACCCGGGACAGGAAUGAACAUGACUCGUGAUCUGCCUCCUACUAACUGCAUGGCUGUGCAAGGCUUCUUACCAUAAAAGAGAUAAAGCUGGUCGAGCUGGCAUCAUUGCGACGCCUCGGCCGUGCACUGAAUUGUGCAUUAAUGCUUUUAGAAUCGCUUUCCGAAAUUCUGAUGGCGAAGUUCAAGAUUAAAAAUUCUGAUAACGUUGAGUAUACGGACUGACGACGCGCAGCAGAGAAAGCAGAGAUCUGUAAAAGACACGUGCACAAGACUCUCGUGCGAUGUUGUUUUGUCCUCUCUGCUCUGUACAAAGCCACCUCAUUGAUCGAAGCCUCCAGUCCGAAACCCUCAUCAUUAAUUUGUUACGUUACGUAGAAGGAAAGGAUCAAUUAAUUGUAUUACUGUAUGUCUGCAGAGUUCAAAAGACCCCAAGCCAGUCUUUACCUCUCUUUACCCCCUGAUGCUUUCUUUUGUCAGUUAUUUGCAUGUGAGACGACAGCUCCUUUCCUUUCCUUUCCUUUCCUUUCCUUUCCUCUCCCUCAAGACGUUUUCAGCCCUGUUGCUGGACUUCUCACUCAGAAGACACAUAGCAGGCACUGUAUGUUCUCCCUGCUGAACUUAACGAACUUGUGAAUGUACAGAAGGAUUCCUUGUGCCAAACUGAGGAUCCUCUAAACCAGCAAAGAAGACGCAUUGGCCUGUUAGCACAGAGCAUGAUAUUGUGGCAUAUACAGUGCGAGCAUAUGGCACCACCAGUGUAUGAUUAACUACAGCUGAGCGGUCGUCACACAAGGUGCGGGGCUUAAAUGGAGUCACUUGUGGGCCGAGCAGGAUUGUACAUCUGCAGCUGUGAUCUUUAGAAUUGCUUGUGCUUCACGUGUCGUGCUGUAAUCUGAACUUUGCCAGUUGCCUUUACAGUAGCGUUACUCGAUAUUCUGUGUACCAGUAUUUUUUUAACACUCUGUAAAGAUGAAUGAUUGUAUUAAUCUUGCGUGUAAAAUGCUGUAAGUAUUCCGUUGCUUUUGUUUUUUUGUUUUUUAUGAACAUGGAAUCAGGAAUUUGCCAGAUAAUGAUAUCAGAUGAUGAUGAGGACGAUGAUGAUGAUGACAACAGUGGACCAGCAAAGUCAUUGUGCUCUCUAUAUAUAACUUUUUUCAUAUUGAAUAUCUGCCUUGUUAACUGAAGAGAUGUAUAUUAAUCAGAAAACGUCAUGUUUAAAAGCUUAAAUUGUGUGCGCAGAGUUUAAAUUUAGAGAUCGUUUUAGUUUUGUUCGCUUUGUCUGAAAACGUGUGCAUGACGACAGCGUGCUGUACCAACAGUGAGUUUAUUUCUGGUAUCGCUGCUUUCAGCAACAUUUUUGAAACAAUGUGGAGAUAGAGUGGCACUCAGUAGAGCGCAUACCUCCGCCAAGGCCCCCAUUAUCUUUAUUUAUGUCUGAUAUCCGGACGAGACAAUAACAAAACUGACAGUAUUCUUGUCACGUUUUUUUGUCCUCGGUGACAAACACACUACAUUAUAUUUCCUUUGGCUUCCUGACAAGAAAAGCAAGUCGAGGUUCCGCUGUAAUUUGUUUUAUAAAAAGCAACAGCUGCAGCAGGAAAUUCAUUUUGCAUUAGCGGUAAUUUCCUUUAACAAUAUGACAUUGGAGGAGUAAACACUCAACUGUGACGUUGAUACCAGUGGGAUAAAAAUACAAAUUGAAACUCUAUCACUUUAAUAAGUGUAAUUUUAAAGUAACAGGUCAACUAACAAUGGAAGCUGCUGUAGUAAGAGAUGAUCACUGAAUGCACAACAAAUACGUUAAAUAGCAAUUGCUGUAAAAAUCAGACCUGCUCUUCCUGCUGACAAACCAACCAACCAACAAACAAAUGGACAUGGGUGAAAACAUCCUUGACGGAGGUACUUAAAACAUAACAUUCAUUGAACACAUUAGGCACAAGGCGUCCAGAAACAGUGUUUUCAGCUACCAUUAGCUUAAUUAGCCAGCUAGGUUCAAUAUGAGGGCGACAGCUGUCACUUAAGUUGGCAAAAAAACAUCGAUCGCCACUAGAUUUGAGAAGUCUGCCGCUAUCUAGAGUCUGACAUCGAACACCCAACAUUCAAAAUGUACGACAUAAACCAAAAGGAACACAACACACACUGUGUUGCAUUAAUAUAAUACAUACCUGAUGACACAUUCAGAAGGUACAUUUAAAUAAAAUCCACAUUUUGAUCUGCACACAUGGCGCUGUUAAACUUUGUUUUUAUCAUGUGAGUGUUUACACUCUUGUAAUCUAUGUACAGACGCUCAUUUCUACUCUAUGGACCACACCCUGUAACAUGAUGCAUAUAGUUCUACUCUCAAUCAGUGCGGUGUAAUAAAAUGUAACUCUGAAUCUCGCUGAAUGCCUUUUUUUCUUGCAUCUGAAUAAAGUGUCAUCUGCACUGCA